AUGAGUCUGCUCCAAGCUGUCUUCAAUCAUGUGGUGCUGCCUCCUCAAGUACCGGGCUGCAGCGAUGCGGACCCUGAGGGCGUGUCUCGCGAUGUAGCACUACGACUCCUUCACGCUUGUAACACUAUCAAUGCGCUCUCGAACCCGCAUUGGUCUGAAGCCUUCCAAUCUCUUCAAGCUUUGCUUGCCGACUGCCUAUCUCUCAACACAGGCCGUCUCGAAAGGUCGACGCUCUUGGAACACUACCGCCAACUUCAGCCGGGUCAGAUGCUUGUUCUGCACGUAGUUGAGCAGAAUGCCGCAUUACUCAUCCGCCGCGAGGAAAGCAAUGACCGGCAUCGUGUCAUAUUCGAAGCCUUUGAGACGUCACCUGCCGCAGAGAAAGUACUCGCUGCAGGCCAUACCUUGCAGUGGGACUUCCCUGGUCGCUCCGCACAGUUGUCUUUCGCCACUUCUUCGGACAAGUCUUUUCAAGAAAGUCUGGCUAUCUUCCUCGAGCAAGCCAGCAUGGAACCGAUCUAUAGCCUUCAAGCUGUCGCCAGGAAGGCCAAUACCUGUGUAACCGAGGAGCGGGACACCACCGACCCAGCGCUGACUACGCAGAUGCUCAUGCCGCUUCUGGAGGCGAUGGAAAACACUUCGAACCACCUCUACAAAAAAAGAGACUUCUCACAGAAUCUGCGGGGCAAACUGAGUCCUGAUUUGACCACCACGCUCUGCGCCAAGCUGUCCCGACGCAUGGCGAAGCUGGAGUUGGACCGAACCAAGAUCGAACCUGCCAGUAUUGAACCCUACGACAGCUUGUUCGCCCAUCUCGGCCCCAUGGUGAAGGGUGCUAUCGCAGAGUCUACCAGCCAAAUCAAGGUGGCAUGGGAAUCCUACAAGCGUACAGUAACCCGACAUAUCCCGAAGCUUGAUGUGCGCGUUCCUGACCGGGCACUGAGGCUGUCCCUGCCUAACAGUGGUAUGUACCUAGACCGAAUCUUGGACCGUCGGUCAUCGCAGCAACGAGUUCUGGGAUCGUCUAGUCUUCCGGAACCACUGGACAAAUCUGUGGCGCAGAUACAAGACUUUACCGAUCACAUGUUUCUCCUCGCAAAGUUGGAAAUGCGAGCUCUGGACCAAGAGCAAGUCGAAUCAUCCAGCAAGAGUAGAUGUGAAAAGCACUGCAUUGGUCUAGAGGAAGAGAUUGACAAUAUCUUCAGCGAAGUGGAUACAUGGUACAAGUCGGACCCCGAGCAGAUUAGUGUCAUGGUCCUUGCACUUCUCGCCUUAUGGGCUUGA